AUGUUCCACCUCACCGUCUUCAUCCAGCUCUUCCUGGCCGCCCUGGCCUUCGCUGCGCCCAUCGUCGACGAGACCGUUACCGCCAGCGGUGGCGCAGCUCCAUGGCAGUACGGCACCGGCGGCGGGAUCCUCGGAUUCAUAGUCUUGGUUCUCGAUAUCAUCGUCUGGAUUGAAGUCCUGAAGUCCAACCGUCCCGUUAGCCCCAAGCUCCUGUGGUGUGUGCUCGUCUUCCUGUUUCCCGUCGUCGGCAUAGUGGUCUACUGGCUCUUCUCGAACCGCGAGGCCCACAACUCCGGCGGAUACGAGCCCAUCUCGUAA